AUGCUCUCAGAAGAAACAUAUCAAAUUCAUCGAACAAUCAUCUAUUGCUUUGUUUUAUUUUUUGAAUUUUUCGGAUUAUUCGGAAAUAUUAAUUUAGUAGUUUUGACAAUUAGGAAGAAGUCGUUGAGGACUAAGUAUGGAUGUAUUCUAGCCACUCUUGCAACAAUACAUACCCUAUGUCUUCUCUAUGAAUUAGUUGAUAUGAGUUUCAGUAUUGCUGCAACAUUCUACACCUACAAAAUUCUUCGUGGUGUCUGUUUCAAAGCGGUGUUCCCUUAUAUAUUUCUCAAUUCAAUGCAAACCGGAACAAUGUGGAUUCUAUCUUUGGAUCUAUUGAUUACUAUUAUUUUUCCACUGAAAAGUCGACAUUUCAAUAUUCCAAUCUACUUUUCUUUGCUAUUCUUUUUUCCAGUUGUCUAUGGUUCUACGGCUGUUAUAUUUGGUUACAUUUAUCUAGAUGACGAGACACUUCCAAUGUGUAAUCCGCCGUCAGCUCUCCAUCCAAUUGUGCAAGCUCAAUGGUAUUACUUCAUGAUGGUCUUCACAAUUCUCACAGUUGUCUUCUAUACUAUUGCACUGGUUUUGAUCUACUACAAGGCACAUCGUCACAACUCUGAUAUUCGAUAUGUCGAGAGGAAAGCGUUGAAAACUCUGAAAUAUCUUAUAUUUCUAUUUGUGAUGUUUCGAUUUAUCACAAUUACGAUAGCAAGUGUGUUGAUUGCAGUUGGAGUGGACAAGGAAAUUGUCGCGUUGGUUCAGAAUUAUAAUGUUCUUGCCCAAAUCGUCGCAUAUUCUCAAAAUGCCUAUGUGUGCUAUUAUCGAAGCUCUGAAUAUCGCUUGUUACUCAGCGAACAAAUUUCGAAAAUUCAUCCGAAACUAGUCAAUAUUCUGCCAAAACUAUCAGGAGAAUCGAGUAUCGAAGGGCAACAAUGGCAUCUUUCUGCAGUGUCAAUCAUUACAACGAAACCAUUCAAACCUCGACUCAAAUCAAAAUCGAAACAACAGAAUAAUUUAAACGACAAUUGA